AUGCAUAGCGGAACGUCCAACCUCUCCGACAUGCUGUUACUCACAGCUUCGGCUCGUGCUUGUCAGGAAGCACGAAACGUCCCUCGCCCAGCAAGCUACGACAGCGGUGUUGCGGACUGUUCUUGUUCGCAGCGGAGGAGAUACGACAACACGCAUAGGAUCCGGGACGUCCCCCGGCCGAAAACUUACGAAAACGGCGCUUCGGAUCAUCUGCAGCGGAGAGGGGAGUACAAUACGCGUGGUGUACGGGACAGCUCCAGCACGGAAAGUUACGAGGGCGACGCUGGGAGUAUUCCACAGGAGAGGACAUCUCUCAAGGCCCCGAGUAUCGCUUCGCGGAGUACACGCAGUACAUAUGUGGCGGCCCCGUUCUUCCCGACAGCCUUGGAGAAGCUUCGCGACAGAAUAUGA